AUGACUGAUUUGCCGGAUGUGCAGCUGGACUCGCCCUCAGCCAGCCGCAAUCUGGGGCUUUUGGAUCUGCCUUCACCCACCAGUUCAACUUCUCCUCCUCGCCUACCCCUACGAAGCCGCUCUGCAGCUGCCCUUUGGCAGAAUGCCCGACUGAGCCUCGUGGCGUCGCCAUGUCUGGAGCACGCUGAUCAAAUCUACAGCACAGAAGCCGAGGGGCCGGGAAGUGACCCGACCAGUCGGUGCUCCAGUCCGGACGGCUACCAGCGACGUGCAGUGAAAGACUUGCGUUUCAACAUGGGCGGCUUGGGCAGCUUGGGCUUAGAAAGCCUCGCCUUGGAACGGCGCCUGGCACCAGAGAGAGAGGAGUUUCUCUGCCAACAACUUGACGAAGCCUCAGACGAAAUUGACCGUCUCUGCGUGGAGCGAGAUGAUGCCUUGAAGAAGGUUCAUGAUCUUGCGAAAGUCCUUCGCGAGCAAGAUAUGGCGCAAGAAAAGUCUUCCAGAGAUCUUGUCUCAGUAGCACGCCAUCAUCACGAUGACGGGAACAGCUCUGACGACAACACGGUACGUGGGCAUGAGCGGAGAAGAGCAUCAUGCCCUGCGAAUUGGCCGCCGCCAAGUCCUGAACAGGAGGCAUCCAAGCCUCCUAAGCCCAAGGUGGACAGUGCGUCGAUUUUUGAAGAACGACGCCAUUGGCAUCAGGAGCUUCAGGAGUUCGAAAGCUACCAAGACAAUCUGAAGCAGACGGAAAGAGAACUGAGGGAGGAGGUGCGGGCUGCAUGGUGCGAGUCGCAGUCAGCGAUCGAGCGCAUGAGUUUGCAAGAGGUCCAGAUGGAAGUGUGGCGAAGCGAGGUCGCGCAGGCUCGAGAGAUGCAAAGUGAAGAGGCCGUCAUGCGAUACAAGGAGUCCAUCAGCUGCAGCGCGCAGCAACACAGGCUGAGGCAAAAUCUACUCACGACUCUGGCACUGCAAGCCUCUCUGCUUGUGAGUGGAUGCUUCGGAGCCUGGAGCUACACGGUGCCACUUGUCCGAAGAACUGUAGCUGUAGCUACUGAAUGCACCAUGUGGCUGAAACGGACGGCCGCCUUGGCCCCGUGUCGAAGAGCGGAGGCUCCUGGCUGA